AUCACCACUCCCUGCACGCUCCCAGUAGGUGUAUAAAAGGACGCUAUGUCAAAUUUGUCAGCACUGGAAGCUGACCGCCAGUCUAACAGCCUUUUCACAAUUUUUGCAAAACCAAACAAUGGUUCUACGACAUCUACGACUGGCUACAAACGUGCAUGGCUUACACAAGCCUGUAACGAAAUCUACAGCCGUGGUGAUAGCUGUAUGCCUAUUACUACUAGUGGUACCAAAGACUGAUGCCGAAUCGUUAUCAGAGUACCUCUGGAAUCAGACGGAGUCGAUACGAAACAAUGCAUUAUCUACAUAUUUUGUUCAAGGAAUAGGAAAUGGCACUCUAAAUCCUACAGCUUUUGGGAGCUACAUGAUACAAGACUCUGUCUACAUUUACAACGCCAAACGCUCUAUUGAUAGCGCUGUAUAUAGGGCACCCGAAGGGAAACUCAAAGAAUUUUUGAGGGGCAAGUCAGCAAGUUUUGAAAGGUACUACCAUGCAUUAUUUAAAAAAUGGCACAUCAAGGACCCAGCAGAUAUCAAGGUUUGUGCAGCCUGCCAGUCUUACGCAGACUACGAACAUCAGAUCGCUGCUACAGAGGACACGAUCUACAUGAUAGUAGCGAUGCUUCCGUGCUAUAAGUUGUGGCCCUGGCUUGGACAGCAGCUGCAAUCGGCCAAUCAUGGUGUGUACGAUGACUGGUUCAACAGCAACUUUGACCCUCAAUACGAAGGGUACAAGGCCUUGGAUGCUUUGGUUGAUGCAGCUGAUGUAAAACAGACUAUCAGCAGGAACAAAGCCUUAGAAGUGUAUACCAGAUGCAUGCUGGGUGAAUACGAGUUCUUCGACUCUGUACAAGAAACUCAGUAGACGAUCAUAUCAAUUAUCAUCCAUGUCAACAUCCCUUCCUGUUGGUGAACGUUUUGCUUAAUUGUUUGAAAUUAAAGUUUAUCAAAAAAACGUUAAAAACUGAGAGUAUAAAAACCUAAUUAUAUUUGAUGAACAGAAUUUUGACAAUACGUACUGGUACCAUGGACAAAGCCAUGAUAACUAUGUGAAUAUAGAACUAUUAAAAACGUGAUAAUUAA